GGCUGCACACUUCCCAUGAAUGGCGUUUACAACACGAACAAUAUUGUGGCCACCAACGAGUCGUGAGAAGACUGUAGAGCUCAGCCGUCGUGCACAGUACAACGGAAAAAAUAUCUGGUGGAAUGGGCGGAAAAUGGAAAACAAUACCUCAGCAUCGUGGACUGUCAUACCUGAACGCUCUGUUGGGCACCCUGUCAGCGGUUUCUCGUUAGCAGUUUUGGAAAAGAUCGCAGAGAUUUUGGAUUGUUCUCAAGAGGCUGUGCAAGAUACCCAAAACUUACAGAGAAACUUAGAAUCUCUCAUAGAGGAAAAGGAACACUGGAGAAACUUUAUGGAUAUGGACGAGUGGAACAGAGCUGCAGUCGACGAGGUUGAAACAGCGUGGAAGAAAAGAUCUCAGGGUGACCAGUCAACGGAAUUACUUUCCUUGGAAAAUCUUCCUGACGGAGGAACACUUGAACCUGAAAAACCACAUCCUCACACAAGACCUCUUCGGCGUUCGCACACGGACCCCACAGACCUACUUUGGGUAUUUCGUAGACGUGCAUCCUUGCUAGCACAAAGAGUUCAUCAAGAUCUUGCCUCCAGUGGAAAUACGAAUGAAUGCAAUGAGCCAUUUCGAGAUGAGAGCGUUGAAGAAAACUGCAAGACUGAGCAAGGAUUUAAUAAAACUUUUCCCGGCAAGACUCAAUAUUCGCGUUCGGUCAGCUCGUCUUCGCAAGGCAAACAUCCAAAGGAGCCCGUCGGGAAUGAAGAAAGAUCAAGAGAAUCAAGCAGUGACAGUGAGUCAAGGGACACUGCUUACGAAUGGACCGCUAUGCCAAUGAAACAUCUUCCACGACGCAAGAUCUCGGCGCCAGCGUACCGUCCAGGUCGCUCUCAGGUGGCAAUGCCUGCAAAUCGUAGAGCAAGUGUGGCGGUGGCCCCCCGGCGUAUCAACAGAAGAGGAAGUGAGGCACCAGCUCUUACAGUUAUUGCAAGACGACGAAAUUCGCAAGUGGCAUAUCCAGUGGGGUUGAGAAGAAAAUCAAGAGCUACCAGCGCAGAUAAUCAGCUCAGUAUACAAGCAAAAGCCAAACAUGAACUGUUAGCCAACCUUGUCCUUCCUGCGUGCGUCGACCAACCUCCAAGAACGAGAGAAAGAAGAAACACUUUUACCUUCCAGGCCCCCAGUAUGCGAACCAAGAAAGACGAAAAGAGAUAUCAAGUCGCUAAGGAGAUCUUAGAGACAGAGAAGAAGUAUCUCUCCUGCUUAAGGACUCUUAAAGAGGUUUUUGAGGAACCAAUGAGGGAAAGCAAUUUAAUGUCGUCCAAAGAAAUUGAUGUGCUGUUUCCUGGAGAACUGGUGCAUAUCUUGACAAGUCACACCCAUUUUAUGAAAGAUUUAGAAGAACGACUUCAAAACUGGAAAUUACACGGCAUUGUUGGAGAUAUUUUUACCAAAUUAAGCAGCUCUUAUCAUAUCGAUGUCUUACGAAUCUAUUCCAAUUACGUCAACAACUUUCCUAGGGCAAUAGGCGUGAUAAACAAAAGUUCAAGGGGAUCACAUAAAUUUAGGAAAUUCUUACAGAGAGAUACGCAACAAACUGUUACUUCAAAGGACAAUGCAUCAGGUGGUGAAACAUCCUACGAGAGAGAGACAUAUGAAGAGAUGGCCGCCAUUGAAGAAGAGGCGAUUGAGGAUUUAAAAGAUAACAAGAAUCAAGGGCAAAAUGUGUUUCGAAUGGCAGCGGAUAGUCUCAUCAGGAAUUGGCAACGGCGUUCUAGGAAAUGGCGUCGAUCAACAGAGGAACCUUUCAAAAGCGAAAGUUUGAGUGAAAAUGAUGGGAGAGCAAAGGAAAACGAAACAAACGAAAAUGAAAAUAAACACUAUGCACUUGCUGAAGGCCAAAAUGAGGAUGAAAAUGCAAAUGUGAGCUUAGAUGAUAAAGACGUUAGAGUGAGUGGAACACCACCGUGCACUCCAUUUAGAAAAAAUGCUGUUGUGUCUCGUGCGAGACCUCGUCCAGUUUCUUUAGGAUAUUUGUCGACUAAUGAUCAAUUAAAAGAGCAUCAGCAGAGAAUCAAGGGCAAGGUGUUAUCGGACCCUAGUUUAGCAAAGGAUGAUGAUUCACUUGAGUGUACAGGAGAUGUGUGGAUACCAAGGAGCCAAACACUUUCAUCAAAAAGGAGGCCAUCUGAUAAUUUUGGAAGGUCAGUUUGCUCUAGUGUGGUGUCAGGAGACUCAUCGCCCUCAACGGGAAGCAAGAAGAGCUUAUCGCGAAUUUCCCAAGAAAGUCUGGCAGAUUCUGGACUUUCUGAAACACCCGGGAGUUCUCCAUCAAACACACUGAACAACAGAACUCAAAAAUUCUUAAAAGAGAAAAGAGACAAGCUUAGUAGUUCAUCGCUCACCAAUGUUUCGGUAACAAAUGAACCUAAACGUAAACUCUCUCAGCUGAAUAGGAGGAGCUGGGGUGACUGGGUGUCUGCCGAAAUGGAAAAUACACAGGAUGAGGUGUCUGUAGAAAGAGACGAUCAAGUUGACGAUGUCAGCGUUAAGAAUAAACGCAGGUUUAAGGAUGUUAUGAAGCAAUUUUUCUCUUCCAAGAAAAAGUGA